AUGGUGCCCGAGGCCCCGCAUCCUUUCCCGACUGUGGACGUGCCCGAUCAUGCCCACUACACCAUCGGCUCUGUCAUCCUCGCCAUCGGCAUCACCGGCAUAGUGGGAAACUUCCUGGUCAUAUACGCCUUUAGCAGGAGUCGCAGUCUGAGGACGCCGGCCAAUAUGUUCAUCAUUAACCUUGCCAUCACCGACCUGCUGAUGUGCAUCACCCAGGCACCCAUCUUCUUCACCACCAGCAUGCACAAGAGGUGGAUCUUUGGAGAGAAAGGUUGCGAGCUCUACGCUUUCUGUGGCGCUCUCUUCGGGAUCUGCUCCAUGAUCACGCUGACAGUGAUUGCCAUCGACCGUUACUUCGUCAUCACGCGACCUCUGACCUCCAUCGGGGUGUUGUCAAAGAAACGGGCCCUCCUCAUCCUCGUGGCAGCCUGGGCCUACUCCCUGGCCUGGAGCCUGCCGCCGUUCUUCGGCUGGAGUGCUUAUGUACCGGAGGGCCUGCUGACUUCCUGUACGUGGGACUACAUGACCUUUACCCCUUCGGUGCGAGCGUACACCAUGCUGCUCUUCAUUUUCGUCUUCUUCCUGCCGCUCUUCAUCAUCAUUUACUGCUACGUCUUCAUCUUCCGCGCCAUCCGGACCACCAACCAGGCGGUGGGGAAGAUUAACGGCAGCACCCGGGACACAGUGAAGAGUUUCCAUCGGCUGCAGAACGAGUGGAGGAUGGCAAAAAUCGCUCUGAUCGUCAUCCUCCUCUACGUCAUCUCCUGGUCGCCAUACUCCACCGUCGCCCUCACCGCCUUCGCUGGGUACGCCGACAUGUUGACUCCCUACAUGAACUCUGUCCCGGCCGUCAUCGCCAAGGCCUCGGCCAUCCACAACCCCAUCAUCUACGCCAUCACACACCCAAAGUACAGGUUGGCUUUAGCCAAAUACAUCCCGUGUCUGGGCACCCUGCUCUGCGUCCAUCCUCGCGACCUGCGUUCGGCCAGCAGCAGCUUCAUGUCCACGCGCCGCUCCACGGUGACCAGCCAGAGUUCCGACAUCAGCAGCCAGUACCGGCGGCAGAGCACUGCCAAGUCCCGCCUCUCCUCCGCCUCCGACAGCGAAUCGGGUUUAACUGACACCGAAGCCGAUCUGUCCAGUCUGAGCUCUCGACCAGCCAGCCGCCAGGUGUCAUGUGACAUCAGCAGAGACACCGCCGAGCUGACCGACUUUCCCAAACACUCGUCCAGCUUCAAGUCCAAGAUAAAGAACCACGACUCGGGCAUCUUUGAGAAGACAUCCUACGAUGCCAUCUCCAUGGGCGGGGUCAGUGAACGCAACAGCAUCCCAAAUAACGGAGACUUCGCAGAGGGACACAUGAUGAGGGGUGCGAUUGGUCGGAUCCCGAGCAUCGUCAUCACCUCGGAGUCCAGCCCCUUCCUUCCUGUUGGACAAAAGGGAUCACGGACAACCCGGCCCAAGACAGCCAGCAGCAACUCGGGGGCGGGGCCUGGGUAGAGCCACGCCCCCUGCAGGAGCCAUGUGACCAGCUCACUUCCUGUCAGAUAUUUAGUUCUCAGAAACAAACAGCUAACAGAGGAAAGCAGAGGUUCCAGAUUUAUGGAUGUUUUACAACUUUUUUGAUUUAAUGUUAUUUCCAAACAGAUUUAGAUGGACAUGGAGUCGUGUUUCCAAAACCAGAUUAGAAGUAAAAUAAGUGGUUACUUACAGAGCAACUUAACGCUCUGUGUGGAUCAGACAGCUUAGAUUACCAUAGCCGAUCCAGACUUUUAUGGGGCUCUCAGCUGAAUUUGAUUUGUCAGAGUGGCCCAAUAAUUUGCAUUAGUAUGUAGU